CACCACACUCUCCGCCCGGGUAGCGCCCGCUGUCGCCGCCACCAGCUCUUUCGGCCGCCGGCACGGCACCGUCCACCGAGGAGCGGCGCCCGCCCUCCUCACUCCCGCCAUCGACUCCCUUCUCCGCCAGGACGCACCGCCCAGCAGCCGGCGCCGCCCCCUGGUCAACUUUGAGCUGGAGGAGAAGCAACUUUGACAGUGACCACGGGUUUCGCAUCCCGCUUCUCCACGGCAGCCGCGGCCUGGCGAGUCGCUGGGGUUAGGUGGGGCAAGAGUUUCCCGGGCGCGUCUGCGCGGCGUCUGGCUGUUUGCAACCUGUUUCCAGCGAGCCGGGAGCGGGAUUGUGGCUGCCAGUCAUCUGAAGAAGGGGAACUUGUUUUUCUCCCCCUGUAGCGACCUCAGCUUACAACUGGACAAAGCGGUUGAAAGGAUGUAAAAAGGCAGCACAACUGUUACCAACUGGAUAAAGCUGUAUCGAAAGGAUGUAAAUAGGCAGAGCAACUGUUACCAAGAAGGCAACCACCCAAAGGCAGGGAGGAACGUGGGGCUUGGUCCGGGCUUCUCCCGGUAGCAACAUUCAUCAACAGUCAGGUGUUGGUUACAACUUUUCAAGGUCAGCCGUCGGGAGCAGUGACUCCCUCUCUGAACCUUGCGGGGGGGAUACGCAGCGCUCGGGGUGGGUUCGGCCGAGAGAUGCACGGGAAGCCAAACGAGGAAGGAUUGUAGAGGGGGAGGGUUUGUGACCCAAGACCCAUCCCCCAACCUCCCCGUAAUCUCCCGUCCCCCACUGCCGGGGCGGGGGUGAGUAUGUGACAUGUGUCUAACUCUCAGCAGCAACUUAGGCAGCAGGUGUCGGUCCUAACCGGGAGCCGCGGCCGCGGGGAGCGCCCUCACCGAGCCAUGCGGGCCCCGGGCUCGCCUCUCGCCCGCACCUUGCGGCUGCUGCUUCUGCUACUGCUCAAGGUUUCUGCCUCUCCUGCCCUCGGGUCCGCUUCUUCGCCAAGAAACGAAACUUGCCUGGGGGAAAACUGUUCACCUGCACUGAGCCACCGUCGCAGCAGGGACUCUUGGGGACUGGGAAAUUCUGCAGAAGACCUGCUAGCCCGUGCGCUCAGGGAGGAGGAGCAGGGGGCAGCGGUGCGCGCACCGCCCUUUAGGGACAUAAGGGCAGCUCCGGGCGGUGACCCAGGUGCGGGCAGAGGGGCGGAGGCGUUGACCGCAGAACCCUCGGGACCUCCAGCGAGGCCGCCUGGAGCCUGGAGGUGGAAAGGUGUCCGAGGUCAGGAGCCCCCUGGAACUUUGGCGAGAGGGAACCCCCCGGCUCUCCAACUCCUCCUUCAGAUCUCAGAGGAGGAAGAGAAGGGUCCUAGAGGCUCUGGCAUUUCUGGGCACAGCCAGGAGCAGAGUGUGAGGACGGAACCUGGCGCCAGCGACCUUUAUUACUGGCCAAGGAGAGGCGGGAAACUCCAGGGCUCCCACCACGACACCCCACCCAAGACGGUCAAUGGACUGUCUGGGCACGAAAGGAGGACAAUUGCACCCCCUGGCAGGGCGCUGGCCCAGAAUGGGUCCUCGGGCGAAGGGAUCCACGAGCGCGGGGGUCCCCGCCGGGGAAACAGCACAAACCGACGCUUGAGAAUAAAGAACCCCUUCUACCCACUGACCCAGGAGUCCUACGGCGCCUAUGCGGUCAUGUGUUUGUCUGUGGUGAUCUUCGGGACUGGCAUCAUUGGCAACCUGGCGGUGAUGUGCAUCGUGUGUCACAACUACUACAUGAGGAGCAUCUCCAAUUCCCUCUUGGCCAACCUGGCCUUCUGGGACUUUCUCAUCAUCUUCUUCUGCCUUCCGCUUGUCAUCUUUCACGAGCUGACGAAAAAGUGGCUGCUGGAGGACUUCUCUUGUAAGAUUGUGCCCUAUAUCGAGGUGGCUUCCCUCGGAGUCACUACCUUCACCUUAUGUGCUCUGUGUAUAGACCGCUUCCGAGCAGCCACCAACGUGCAGAUGUACUAUGAAAUGAUCGAGAACUGUUCUUCCACAACUGCCAAGCUUGCUGUUAUAUGGGUGGGUGCCCUACUGUUAGCACUUCCAGAAGUCGUUCUCCGCCAGCUGAGUAAGGAGGAUUUGGGGUUUAGUGGCCGAGCUCCCGCGGAACGCUGCGUCAUCAAGGUCUCCCCUGACUUACCGGACACCAUCUACGUUCUAGCCCUUACCUAUGACAGCGCAAGACUCUGGUGGUACUUCGGCUGUUACUUUUGUUUGCCCACACUUUUCACCAUCACCUGCUCUUUAGUGACUGCGAGGAAAAUCCGCAAAGCGGAGAAAGCCUGUACCCGAGGGAAUAAGCGACAGAUUCAGCUGGAAAGCCAGAUGAACUGUACAGUGGUGGCUCUGACCAUUUUGUAUGGGUUUUGCAUUAUUCCUGAAAAUAUCUGCAACAUUGUUACUGCCUACAUGGCUACGGGGGUUUCCCAGCAGACCAUGGACCUGCUUUAUAUCAUCAGCCAGUUCCUUUUGUUCUUUAAGUCCUGUGUCACCCCUGUCCUCCUUUUCUGUCUUUGCAAACCCUUCAGUCGGGCCUUCAUGGAGUGUUGCUGCUGUUGCUGUGAUGAGUGCAUUCAGAAGUCUUCGACAGUGACCAGCGACGACAAUGACAACGAAUACACCACAGAACUCGAACUCUCGCCUUUCAGUACCAUCCGCCGCGAAAUGUCCACUUUCGCUUCUGUUGGAACGCAUUGCUGAAGAACAAGCAGCCUUUUCUUUGGUUAGAUCUAUGUGUUUGAUUUUCAUAUCCUGUCAACAUUUUUACUUCAUAUUUUUCCCUACCGGGGAAAAAUGCAACGAAAGAGAGAAAUAUUAACGACUGUAGAACUGAUUUUGCAAAUUAAUAUUUGUGCUUUGAAAAAAAAUGUUUAUAUUUAGUUAUUUAAGACGUAUGAGAAGGCCAAUAGUUUUAGAUCAUUAUAUCUGGGAUGGUGCUAAUAUUUUAUUUGAAAAAAGUUACUGCACCUUAACUUAAUUAAUUACUAACUUUCUUUUAAAAAUAUAAUCAGUGUAUAUUGAUGAUAGCCAUGCGAUUUUGUAGGUUAUUUUAUGUUUGAGUUGUGAUUGACAGUAUAUUGUAUAUGGUAUUGUGAGAUGAUUUGUAGUUAAGGAGCAUUCACAAAGUAGCACCAAAUAAAUUAUACUUUAUUGUUUAAUGUCAUUGUCAAUCUACUUUUAACCGAGAUUCAAUAAAUCUUUUAAUUGCCUUAAAUACACAAUUACUGGUUCUACGCACAAUUUAAAGUCAGCCUUAUUGCUUUAAAGUUCUAUUUUCCUUUAAGGCAGGUAAUCACUAUGUUCUAAAGCAGUUUUCCUAAUAGUACUAUUUUAUAUGCAUGAUUCAUAUACAACUAUAUUGUAUGUUCAAACAAAAUUGUAUUUUUAAUACUCAGAUACAGAUGUAAAAUUACUUCCAAGUAUUUAUAAAAUGUGAAUAGACAGUAGAGCAGGAAGAAAGUAUCUUUUUUAUCAUUAUUAUUCACCUCUGAACUAGCAUAUAGAGCUAUAGAUUUUCCUGUUAUGAAUUAUGAGCAGAAUCGAGGACUAAAACAUGAUGCACCUGUCAUCUGAUUUCCUCUGAACACUGACCUUUGAAGCACUCUGAAUUCUAACUUUUCUCCACUUAAAAAAUGAACUUGGUUACAUCUGUGUGAUUUAAUUUCUCGAAGUAGAAUGAAAGCACAGUAGUAGGAUAAUAAAAUAUUUAUAUAUCUUGAUUUGAACACUUGAAUAUUCAAAUUUAUUUUGAAUUGAUAUUCCAUAAGCUUCCAACAAAAAACUAAUCCUCUCCAUUUGAAUAUUAGAUUCCCCUCAGGAGUUUAAGCUCUGGCAGUUGUGUAGGAUGACUGCCUGCCACGCAGGACACGUGUCUAAAUCAGGUGGCAGAGACAGCGGCCUAGCAAUAGAUGUAAUGUCUGUCUUCAGACAAAGCAUAGAAGGGAAACCAAUUUGCUGGCCAGAAACCACCCUCUGUUUUGUCAAUUUCUGUACAUUGAGCAUAACCGAGUGGUGACUUCUUUCUUCCAGAUUAUAGCAUGAUGUUAUUUAAAUUGUUAAGCUUUAGUGUUAGAAAAAUUAAAGAUACUUAAUCUAGACCGUUCAUCUUCCAGAUGACACUCAGAUUAACUAAAUGACAAUGUCCAGAAUAUCUCCUUUUCCCUAGUCCAGUACUCUGUGAAGGGAUUUCCACCCACCCCACUGCCCCACUAUCUGUAUUGUAUGGAAUUUGAGGGAUUUGAGAAUGAGAGAAAAAAAAAAAAAAAGAUACCAUUGUCUUCUUAUAGAUCCCUGUAAUAAAUCUUUGGAAAACUUCUUGAGGACACCUAAUUUAGGUUUUGGCUACUGAGAUCAACAAUUGUGAUUUCACAGUGUCUCUCCUGAGACUUAGUCAACUUUAUAAAUCAAGAAAUACUGACUGAGGUGGCUCAGUCAGUUAAGCAUCCGACUCUCGGUUUCAGCUCAGAUCUGGCAGUUCGCGGGAUCGAGCCGUGCGGUGGGCUCUGUGCUGACAGUAAGGAUCCUGCUUGGGAGUCUCUCUCCCUCUGCCCCUCCCCUGCUCAUGUUCUCACUCUCUUUCUCACUCCCUCUUUCUCUCAAAAUAAAUAAGUUUUUAAAAAGAGAGAAAAACUGAGAACAUGAUGUAGAAAAUGUUCUAUGUUAUCACCUAUAGUAAAUAAAAGUAACCAGAGCUUAGUGUCAGAUUUUCAAAAUCAGGCAGGGGUGGCAUGAGAAAGCAGAAAUAAGACAAAUGCGUGUACAAUUAUGGUUAAAGCUGGGACCUGCUAGGGAGGUGUAAAGGUCCAUGAUGGAUCAGAAAAGAGAGAGAGAGCCCACCAGACUGGGAGAGAUCGUGAAAGGCUGUGUAAGAUAACUGGAUGGAUAGUCUGUCAGAAGUUUGAUAAAAGUACUAUGAGGAGUGAACACUCCAGGAGGAGGGAGCUGGUUAAAGAAAGGAAGAGAGAGAAAACUCGUGGGGUACGACUGAAGAAUAAAUGUUUGGUUUGGUCCGGUCUGGUUCCCAUGCUAUGUGUGCAUAGAAGCCUCAUGGAAUAUGCUGAUGAAAAUAUGCACUGAAACCAUAUUAUAAAAGGGUCAUGCUUUGAAAGAUGUUCAGACGGAGUCCUUCAGGAAAUGUGGCUUGUUUUUUGAGCACUGGAAAAACAUUGUCGCAACUCUGUGGUAGGAAGAUCAAUUUGAAGACAAUUUAAAUGAGCUAUUGGGAAGAGUCUGAAAGUGAAAAAACAAUUGGGAAAAUAUUAUACAGGUUGGACUCCAAUGGAGGCAGUUGGGACUCAAAUUUCUUUUUUCCUGGUAUCCUUGACUUUCAGUUGAAACAUAUGCCUUCUUAUUGAAUGCUAUCUCUGUCAAAGUAGAAACUUUGAUAACCACAAUGAAGUCAUCCCAAGGGUGAAGUAGCUUGGAAGUUUUCUCAUGGCCUUGAUCACAGCUUUCUCAUAAGAAUUCCUACAGCAUGCUUU